AGCUUUCGGAAAGAGGAAGGAAAUGUAGCUGAGCUUAAAAUGGUCGGCUAAAACCAAGUACGUGAGAAACAGCUAAGGAAAUUAUUUUCGGGGAUUUGUACGAAAUUCAAAAAACAAAAAUCGCAUUAGCCUUUAUCGUACAGUAUUUCUGCAUUCUUUGAUCAAACAAUGGACAUAGGAGCUGCCAAUAGAACGUGGACAGGAAUACAGUUGUUCAGUUAGAUAUGUUUUGGCUUUUUAGAUAGCCUGAGGAUCUUUGUAUUUUGUUUUUUAAUUAUUGUGAUACGUAAAUUUAUUGCAAAAAAAAAAAAGUGGAUAUCAGCCUCAGUUGGGAAGUCCCAGACAACUAGAGCGGAAUGGAAUCGUUUCAAACUCAGACGGACCGAGCCUUGUUGCCGAGGAACAUGAUUGAAAACAGCAUGUUUGAGGAAGAGCCAGAUGUGGUGGACCUGGCCAAAGAGCCUCCUCUUUACCAACUGGACCCUGAUGAUGCUGUCUAUGAGCCUCGGAGCUCCAGGCUGCUGGUGCGAGGACUGGGGGAGAAUGAGCUGGAGGAAGAGGAAGAAGAUUAUGAAUCUUCAGCACGCCUGCUGGGGAUGUCAUUCAUGAACAGGAGCUCCAGCCUGCGCACCAAUGCGUCUCUAUAUAACCGGGAGGACCCCAGUGGAACGUGCACCAUGCCCUCCCUUAGGACUGUGGUCCUUGGAGCUUUUGUAGUGGUGGUAGUUGCUUGUGUUGCCAUGGUCAUUUAUUUUCUGCCAAAGUGCACCUUUACCAAGGAAGGCUGCCACAAAGCUAAUCACUCCAUGGAACUUAUCUACCCCAUAUCUUCUGAUGGGCAGCUUUUCCCAUGGACGGAAAUAAAACUGCCUAAAAAUGUGAAACCUAUCCACUAUGAUCUCUCACUCCACCCUAAUUUAACCACAAAUCAGUUCGAAGGAAAUGUUUCCAUUCUGGUCAAAGUCCUGGAAGACACAAAGAAUAUUGUGAUUCACAGCUCGGAACUAAACAUCAGCAAGGUUACCUUUGCACGUUUAGGAGAAAAUCAGUCCAAUGCCACAAAACACCUGGAGUACCGUCCCUGGCAACAGAUUGCUAUUCAGGCCCCUGAACAUUUUCAGAAAGGGCAAAGUUACAUCUUAACGUUGGAGUAUACUGCAUAUCUCUCAGGCAACUACUAUGGCUUUUACAACAGCUCCUAUGAAAAUACGAAAGGCGAGAAAUGGUUUCUGGCUGCGACUCAGUUUGAACCUUUAGCUGCUCGAAAGGCUUUCCCAUGCUUUGAUGAACCUGCAUUUAAGGCUUCUUUCUUAAUUAAGAUAAGGAGGGAGGCUGAAUACAUCUGUCUUUCCAAUAUGCCAAAGAGCAGUACUACUGUCUUGCCUAAUGGAAUUCACGAAGAUGUUUUUGAAAAUAGUGUGAAUAUGAGCACGUACCUGGUAGCUUUUAUUGUAUCUAACUUCCAGAACAUUAGCAUGAAUGCAAAUGGUACCUUGGUUUCUGUGUACACUGUUCCAGAAAAGCUGGACCAAGCCAGCUAUGCACUUGAAACUGCAGUUAAGCUGCUGACGUUUUAUAACAAGUUUUUCCAAAAAGAAUAUCCAUUGAAAAAAUUAGAUCUGGUUGCCAUUCCUGACUUCCUGGCAGGAGCCAUGGAGAACUGGGGAUUGAUCACAUUCAGAGAGAAUACCCUAUUGCUUGACAAUAAUUCUUCGAUUUUAGACAAACAGUUGGUCACAACAGUUAUAGCACAUGAGCUUGCACACCAGUGGUUUGGUAACCUAGUUACCAUGUAUUGGUGGAACGACCUUUGGCUAAAUGAAGGCUUUGCAACGUACAUGGAGUACACAUCAAUAGCAAAAACCUUUCCAGAACUUGAAAUUGAGGAUGAAUUCUUAAUCACACGCUUUAAAGCCAUGGCCCAAGACUCAUUAAAUUCUUCUCACGCCAUAUCUACCAAUGUGACGGCUCCAGAGCAGAUUGAAGAAAUGUUUGAUUCGGUGUCGUACGAAAAGGGGGCUUCCAUAUUGCUGAUGCUGAAUUCCAUCUUGACUGAAGAGAAGUUCCAGGAUGGAGUUGUUGAUUAUCUGAAACAGUACAGUUAUGGGAACACAAAAAACCAGGACUUGUGGAACAGAAUUAGCAAGUCUGCAAAGGCAAAUUUCAGUGUUACUGACAUGAUGAACACGUGGACACUCCAGAAAGGGUUUCCUUUGGUAAAUGUGACGAGGAAUGGCAAAGAUGUGAAACUUACUCAAGAACACUUUCUCCUCACAGUGGAUUCUGAGAACGCAACACAGCAGUCCAGCUACCAGUGGCAUAUUCCACUGACAUAUGUCAAUGACAGUUGUAGUAAUUCUUCAUCCUGCAAACAAGUUUUUGUGAUGAAGGAUAAAUUCGCAACACUUACACUCCCUGCAAAUGUGGCAUGGUUAAAGUUUAACUUCAAGAAUGAAGGAUUCUACAUUGUGGAUUAUGGCGUAGAAGGUUGGGAGGCCUUAAUCAAGAUGCUGAAAGAAACUCAUGAAGCUCUGACCUACCAGGACCGAGCCUGCCUGGUCAACAACAUAUUUGCACUUUCAAGGCUAGGGCGGGUAUCCUUCAGGCAGGUUCUGAAUCUUAUUGCCUAUCUUGGAAAGGAGAAGGAAACGGCUCCUGUGACAGAAGCCUUGUCACAGCUCAAUCGCAUCUACAGGUUGUUGGAUAAAAGAGGUUUGUGGGCGUUAGCUGGAAGGAUGAAGGGUCGGAUUCUGAAGCUUUUUGGAAGUUUGAUACGUAGCCAAACAUGGGACGAAGAGGGAUCUGUCUCUGAACGAAUGCUGAGGUCUUCCUUGCUUGAAACUGCCUGCCAUUAUCAAGAGGCAAAAUGCAUUGAAAAUGCACAAGCCCUGUUCAGGAACUGGACACAAUCUAACGGAACUAUGAGAAUACCUGGGGAUCUCAUGAAAACGGUCUUUACAGUUGGUGCUCAGUCGGAGAAAGGCUGGGAAUUCUUAAAUUCAGCUUAUCACCUUUCCAUGUUUGAGGCAGAGAAGCACACAAUUCUGGAAUCCCUGGCAAGCACACAAGACGUCAGGAAGAUAGUAUGGUUGCUACAGGCCAGCCUAAGGGGUAGUGAUAUUCAAACGCAGGAAUUUCCUCUCAUCCUCAGUGAAGUCUGCAAGAGCUAUGCAGGGCAUCUGUAUGCCUGGGACUUUGUCAAAGAAAACUGGGAUAAAAUCUUAGAAAAGUUUUCACUUGGAUCCUUUGCUAUCCAGAGCAUCGUCCAUACAGCAACAUACCAGUUUUCAACCAAAACAAGGCUUUUGGAGGUGAUGAAUUUUCUCGUAUCACUAAAGGACAAGGGAUCACAAAUGAGAAGUGUCCAGGAAGCAAUUGAAACAAUCAAACUCAACAUCCAGUGGAUGGACAGGAACUUAGACAUUCUUGAUCAGGAGCUUUAAGCUGGUGGCAGGAACUCAUGGUAGUUUCCCUCUCUGCUUUUUUUCCCCCUCUGAUCCCUUUUGCUGGUGCUGUCUCCCUGUCCUUGCAGAGCCUUUUUUCUGCAACAACGUUGUUUGCACUAUUAGGAGUUCUAGCUAGCUCAGGGCCACUCAGUUCAAGUUUUUAUUGUACAUUAGGUUAGAACUUUCUUUUCAAUGUUGGUGUUUUCAGCUACAGACCAAAUGUUUAAAUUGUGCUAGUUGUUACUUUGCCCCAAACAGAACCACCAGGUUAUACCAAAACUGAAUACUGUUCAAGUGCAGCAGUAACAGCUUACUGUACCGCCGAUUACUGCGGUAUUGAUUACACUCCCAUUAUAUUGCAGUUAUAGUGCAACACUGUUUUCAAUUACUAUUCAAUACUUAGUACUAUAAUAGAUUAAGGGGCUUUAUGUUUCAGGCAAUUACAAGUUGAUUCUGAAAAGUGGACACGACACUUUUCCACAGUCUUUGGCUGAAUUGGUUUCUUAGACUGGUCAACAUACAGUUUGUGAUUCAAGGUAGUGUAGACUUUGCAAGUUUGUAAUUAUACUGUACAUACCACUGCAUUGCUUGUGACUAUUUUAACAUUCUUCUUAAAAGAAGGUAGUAUACAGUAGGUUUGGAUUGUUCUGUUUCUUCAGAAGAGUGUGUAUUUGGGCACAUGUUCUGAAGAAAAAGGUAAAGCUCUUGACAGGAAUGUAUUAAACUACUAGGCUUGAAUUCAGUGUGCUCAGCACUCCGUUUUUUAUGACAUUUUGCCUGUUCUUGCUACAGUGUAUGCGUUUUUGUACAUAUGCAACAUAAUUUUAUUUUUAAAACAUACAGAUAUUCUAUAAAGAAAAGAGCCAUUACAAAAUGAAUGUAUUUUUUUGUUCGGUAAUUACGAGCGGCUAAGCAUGGUGUAGUUAUGCUUUGAUUUUAAAAGUUUCAGUUAUAUUUUGGAUUCAAAAUUAUGAAACUGUCUUUUUCCCAUCAAGCUGUUUUUCCUUAAAAAAUGUUUUUUUUUGUCUAAAAGACAGAAUAUUUGAAAUGUUGGGUACGCCAGUGAUUAUAUUUACUUUUUAACUAUUUAGUUUUAUUUUAUUUUAGCUUAAAAAAAAUCUUUGACUGCAUAACAUGAGAUCCCUUUUGAACACAGAUUUUAUUGAAAAGAUGUUGUGUUUGUGUACCAAUGUUCUGUGUUCAACAGUUGUAAUGAAGCAUAAGAAAUGCAUACUUGACAAACCUAGCACCUAAAGGUGAAUGUGUUUUUGAAAUUGAAUGCAUCUAUGCUGGCACGUUGAUGUUUAAUGUGAUGUCACACGAUCAACGGACUAAUUUUGAAUCUUGUUUUUUGUUGUUACAUGCAUACAGUACCAAACUUCUUUUUUUCUCACGGAUUAUUAGUAGUAUGAAAAAAGUGUUCAUUGCAAAUGUAGUGAAGGUGAACUGUAAAUUUUACAAUCAAUGUAAAAAAAUGUCUUAGGGAGUGGUAUCUGUUGAAACUUUAAAUAUUUUACUGAAAUCUAUCACGCAAGGAAAGUUAGAAGGAAACAAAUGUGAGCUGUCAGAUCUGAAAAUUAAUCAUUUGAGCAUAACCUUCCCAUUUACUUGUAAUAAACAUUUUUUUAUAAAGCACUUGAGAGCAAAUUAAACUGUUAGAUACAUUUUCACAUGCAUGAACACAAGCACAAGCCUAUUUUUGUUAAAUUAAACUGACUUAAACUAAGACUAAGUUCAGGUUAUUUUCAUCAACAACAGAAAGGUAUAGUAUAGUUGGAUAAUCAAAUAAGUUUUAUGUUUUAAUUCGAAGCUUUUGAGUAUCCACAAAAACAAUUUUUGUGCAUAAAGUCUCAACUUGGCAAGGUCAGGUCAUGCAAUUCAAAGAUAGUUCUCCAUUGGCCUGUCCAAUUACUUUAUAAAAAGGAAAACAAUACUGUGGCAGAAGACAUUUUAUUAAUACAUUUAGAUGUACAGUUCAUUUUGUUAGUAAUAAUCUGAGCUCUUUAGAUUAGUUAGUGACACAUUAACAUGGAUCUUUGGUACGGUAAAUAAGAUAUAGUUGAAUUUUUCUUUGGACAUAUUCUUAUUCUGACAAGAUUAUCUGUCUGUAUGUAUAGACAGCAUUCUUUUCUUCCAUUGGUAGAUAUUGAUGGCUAGGUUUUGAUUUUAAAGAAAAAUAAUACAUUUGACCAUUAUUUUUAUCUAGUUUUAUAGACCAUUGCAAAGGGCUCAAGUUUAGGAAGGAUUGCUUUUUGUUGUGUAGAGUUGUUAAUACUAGAAGGGUAAGCUGAAUUUUAGAUUCUGGGACAUCUACUACUGUAUAUCUGGGACUUGUAUAGACUGUUUAGUGGUUAUGUUUAGAUUAUUUCAUUUAUUAGUGCUGGUGUUCCAUGUACUACCUGUGCUAUCUUAGCUUAGCAUUUCAUGCUUUGCUUUCUGCUCAUAAGGUACAGUUAGUACCUUUUUAAAGCUGUAAUGCUCAGGGGUCCAAAUUAAAAAAAAAAGGACAUUUUGAAUUUCCUUUCCUGCCAUAGUGAACAGUCAUUUGAGCAAUGGAAAGGGGAAUCACAGCACAUUUCUGGAGACAAUCUAUUUUAGUUUUACAGAUGUGGAAGUGUUCUGAAAUGAUCAUAGUCUAAUUAUAAUUUUAAAUAUUUAUUUUGCAUUGUAAAAUUAGUUCAGAGACAAUCGGCCAUAUAAAUGCACAGAGGCCCAUUGGAAGAUGUGGAUUGGGCUGUUCUAAUGUGGUUUAUUAUUUUGCAUUUUGCAAGGUCUGUCUUAUUCCUGUGCCUGGUCAAACAAGGUGUAGAGUUACACAUGUAGGCAGAAUGGGGAUAGUCAAACGAGCUUUACUCAUUCAUGUUACACUCAAGUUAUUUUAGUGACUAGCAUUGUGGUAUUAUUGCAAGCUGUGUUAAUUGUGUAGAUGUAUACUCUUAGAACAAGUAUACGUAGAUGACCUAUUGACAUUCAAAAACUAAAAUAAAAUAGAGAUAUUUUGCUGUUUAGAAAUUGGUGAUAUAGUUGGUUGAAUGGGUGUAAAUAUGGUACUGUAACACAGACAUUGGAUCUUCAUUGGCAGCAGGCGUUAUUUAACAAUUAUAAAGAAAACCAUGCCCACCAGGGAUCACAGGUUAAACGUGCAAACCCUUUAUAUAAAUCGAUAAUUGAAUACAAAAAAAAAAUUGUAAUUUGUGAUAUAACUAAAAAGAUUUGUGACAUCACUUUUUCAGGUCCUGAUUUAGUGCAAAGUCUCACAAAAAUGUCACCAAUCAAUUGUAUAGUCUUGUAGAAAAUGUUGGAUGUGUUUCAUUGCUUAUCUGUCUUGUCUGCAAAGAAAGCCACAAGGAUUGAUAAGGUUAUGGUUGUGUGACAAAUUAAUUUGCAGUUGGAGGUUGCUAUGAAUGAGACUUUUCUGGACAGGAGGCAAACAUAGGGGUGGAUUCAUUUAAUUGUGCACAGGACUACCAGCUCUAAACAUUUUUCUCACUGAAAUACUUACCUUUAAUUUGCUUUAGGUAAAUAAAAGAUCAUUUGAAUAGCUAAGAGACUGAUUUCAGUGAAUGUAUUCUCUGCAGAAAUAAAAACAAACAUAGCUGUUGCUCAAUUUCACAGGUGUAUAACCUCUUAGCAAUUUAAAUCACAGUCUCUCAAGACACAAAAGACUAAUUUAUCCUCUUAAAGGGAAACUGCACCUCUUUUUUUGUACUUCAUGGUUAGAAAGAUUAGGCAAAAAGUGCAUUUCAAAUCUCAAUAGAAGUAAAAUGUACACAGUAACUUGUAAGACCUCCGAUUUACAUUAAAAAA